UCGUCUUCCUUGUUGCCGUGAACUUUUUCCACCUUCUCCCAAACAAACGAACAUGGCGGACUAUGAGGAGCGGCGGAGCCUGUUGGGAGAUGACGAUGAGGGGUCGUUCACCAGCAGACAGGCAGCCAGAGGACCCGGCAGACCGAUGCCGGCCAUUUGCGAUCCCAGCCACCUCUUGCACCGUGUGGUUGUCCUGCUAUUCAUGUGCUUUCUGGGAUUCGGAAGCUACUUCUGUUAUGACAACCCGGCUGCCCUUCAAACUCAAGUCCUCCAGGAUUUGAACCUGAACACUGCUAAGUUCAUGCAGCUGUAUGCCUGGUACUCCUGGCCCAAUGUGGUUCUCUGCUUUUUCGGGGGCUUCCUGCUUGACAGGGUCUUUGGCAUCAGGCUGGGAACCAUCAUCUUUUCCCUAUUUGUCUGUGUUGGACAGGUAAUAUUUGCUACUGGAGCUCUGGUAAACCAUUUCUGGCUGAUGGAAGUUGGACGUUUUGUAUUUGGCAUUGGAGGAGAGUCGUUGGCUGUGGCCCAGAACACAUAUGCAGUCAACUGGUUCAAGGGAAAGGAGCUAAAUCUAGUGUUUGGCCUUCAGCUGAGCAUGGCUCGACUGGGCAGCACAGUGAACAUGAACAUUAUGGGCUGGGUGUACAGCGAAGUCGCACUCGCUGUUGGCACUGGACACACCGCACUAGGCGCAUCGCUCAUGAUAGCUGCUGUAACCUGCGUGUUUUCACUAAUCUGUGCCUUGGUGUUGGGAUUCCUCGACAAAAGAGCAGAGAGGAUCCUCCACAAGGAAGAAGGCAAAACAGGUGAGGUGAUCAAGCUGACAGACGUGAAAGAUUUCCCCUUCACCCUGUGGCUCAUCUUCAUCAUUUGUGUGGGCUACUAUGUCGCCAUUUUCCCCUUUAUUGGAUUGGGACAGGUGUUCUUCAUUGAAAAAUUCAACUUCUCCGCUGCUGAAGCCAGAGCUGUCAACAGUAUUGUGUACAUCAUCUCAGCCCCCGCAUCCCCAGUUCUGGGCUUUAUGGUUGAUAAGACGGGAAGGAAUGUAGUUUGGGUAAUAAUUGCUGUGGUGACCACACUCGCCGCUCACAUGAUGCUUGCCUUCACCUUCUGGAACCCGUGGAUCGCCAUGUCCCUGCUGGGAGUCUCUUACUCCUUACUGGCCUGUGCACUGUGGCCCAUGGUGGCGUUUGUUGUGCCUGAGCAUCAGCUGGGGACGGCCUAUGGCUUCAUGCAGUCUAUUCAGAACCUGGGACUUGCUCUCAUUGCCAUGGCAGCCGGAGCCAUCCUAGACACCAGAGGAUACCUGGUUUUGGAAGUGUUUUUCUGUGCCUGCAUUUGCAUUGCACUGAUGGCAGUGGUGAUGCUGUACUUUGUGGAUUAUCUCAGAGGAGGAGAUUUGAACCAGUCAGCUGCAGCCAGAGCCAAACUCCAGAAAGAAGCCACUUCAGAUGCAGAAUGAUGAUGAUGAUGAUGAUGAUGAUGGGAACACACAUGGUCCUGGGCUUCAGAGCCAGCAGGCUGCACUGUCCACCCCAAAGCUGUCAAUCAACUGCCAUGGGGCGGGACUGCGCUACUGACUCCGCCCAGUGCUGUCAUCUGUGACUCUUCCCACCAGAACUGACUGUCUGGCCCUGGCUAUUACAUAAUCCUGUAAUAAUAGCUGAUGUCAUCAGGACACUGACAAAAUAGAAAUCCCAGUUUGGACAUAGUGACUUCUCAUACUGACUUUUACAUGCUAAUGCAACUCACAAUAUAGGGUUCCUAUAUUAAUUCAAUUGUUUUUAUAUGUAUAUAUCUGAUAUAUGUGAAUAUUUUUUAAUGUUUUUUUUUAUACGUUUCUUUUUAUGAAUUGUCUUCAGCAGGACUCUGUUACUUGCCUUAUUACAGACACCUCAGCAGUUCAUUUAUGUACAUAUCAUUUGUCAGCAUUCACAGUAACUGCCAGCCAAAACCUUCUUCACUGGACUGUCCAUAGGCAAAUAUAUUCAGUUCUAAUCAUAUGCAACAUUGACCUUUUAUGGUAGAUAAUCUUUAAAAAAAAAAAAAAAGAAAGAAAGAAAAAAAAAAGAGCAUAGCUCUUUAGUGUUUAAACUUUUAUUGCUCAAUUCUUUUAUUUUUUCAAUUCCUUUAUCUGCUCUUCUCUGGUUUCAGAAAUUCAUAAAAAUGUAUUUUGUGUUACAUCAUCAAAUGGUACAAUACUCUAAUAAUCAGAAAGAUAAGAAAAGAGAGAGGCACACUUUUGAGUGCAUUAACCGUGUAAUGAUAUGCACAGUUUCAACUUUUUACAAACUGUUUAAUUAAUGUGACCUUUUUAAAGAAUCAGUUCCACGUAUAAAUAAUGUUUUGUCAAUUAUGUUUUGCCUGUUUAUCAAGCUCAGGUAUUUAACUCGUUGUAAGCACUGACCCAAAUUAUUGCUUGCUUCAUCUGAGCAGUGCGACAAAAUGCUCAUGCACUCUGCUUAACUCUCACCAUAAUGUGGAAAGAGAUUUGUCUCGCUGUGUUCUUGUCAGGGAUGCACACUGUGGAUGAUUAACAUUCACUACCUCAGUUGGGCAAAUGAGUCCCAAUCAAAUUCUGAACAACACAGUCAACACGUGUGAGAUAACGGUCAGUAGCAUAAUGUUAAAAUGUGUGAUAUGCACAUUGAAGUGAUCAGUGUGUCAUGGCCAGAAACAAGCUGCUCUCUUCACUGGUCACCCAUUUGCACUUUGAUGUUGUGAAAGGCUCAGCCGUGCAGUCUCUGUUUAAUGGAGAAUAUUUGUGUUAAAUUACCAAAUGUUAAGUGUUAUUGAUCGUUGUACAAGAAGUUAUAUGACUGAGACAUUACGGAAGAUUCAUUGUAGGAAAGCCACUUUAAAAAAAAAAAAAAAAAAAUCACCUGAAGUCUUUUUGUGGAACCAAAUCAUGUUUGAUUCCAGAUUGUUCAUGGAACAAUUACAUUUAAUUAAACCCAAACCUUUGAAAGCA